AUGAGACUCGAGGUCCGGCGUGAGCCACUGCAGUUCACCGGUCGGCGGGCUCGGCGGAGCGGGAGGCAAGGCUUCCGCAGCGGCGUCGAGGUGGGGCCGCAGGCGGCGGUGGGACCUGGAUCGAGUUGUAGAUCUCAGUGCGCGGGAUCACACGCCAACCGAGCGGAGUCCGAACUAUGCGAAUGCGGUUUCUCGAGUCGUAGUCUUCACAAUGGACCUCCUGCACAGUGCCGUCGAGCUGUCGGGCCCAAAGAAAUAGCGGGCGCAGGCGCGGGACAGGGCGCGCGGGCGCGGGUGCGGCGCUGCGCGCACGUCGGGAGAGCUGUUGGGUGGCGCGGACGCGGGGCGGGGGAGCGCUGCGGCCGCGCGCUGCAUCGAGGCGGGCGGCGCGAGGCUCGCCGCCGCCGCCAGGCGCCCGCGGAGACACUCCGGCCGCAAGACACUUUCAGGCGACGACCGCGCGGACGCGGCCCCGAGGCGGACUGGCGGCCGACCGCGCCCCGCCGCGCCGCGCCCCGCGCCUCUGCGCCCCGCCCACCAUCGAUCUGGCCCCGCACCCACCCCGCGCCCGCACGUAAACACCCCCGCGGCUCCUCGUUAAUCUUAAAUCCAUAUCUGUGCGUUCCGCCCACCGGCUGA